AUGAAGAAUAGCCUCGUCGUCGCAGCCGCUGCGCUGCUCGGUGCCGCCAAUGCUGGGGUCCAUCGUAUGAAGCUCCAGAAGGUGCCUUUGGAGGAGCAAUUGAGUGCUGCCAACAUCGGCGACCACGUGCGAGCCCUCCGCCACAAAUACACACAGAAGACUAUGGGGGGUCCAACGGAGGACAUCUUCAGACAUACAUCUAUCGACGCUGAUAGUCCUCAUGAUGUUCCGGUCGAGAACUUUCUGAAUGCUCAAUAUUUCAGCACCAUUGCUCUCGGAACACCACCCCAGGAAUUCAAGGUUGUCCUGGACACCGGUAGCUCCAAUCUCUGGAUUCCUAGUGCCUCCUGUGGUUCGAUCGCCUGCUACCUUCACCAGAAAUACGAUUCCUCUUCAUCUUCCACCUACAAGAAGAAUGGAUCGGAGUUUGGUAUUCGAUAUGGUUCUGGUGAAGUGGCCGGUUUCAUCUCCCAGGACAUUCUGCGCAUUGGCGAUCUCAAGGUUCAGGACCAACUCUUCGGCGAGGCGACUAGCGAGCCCGGCCUUGCUUUUGCCUUUGGCCGUUUCGACGGUAUUCUGGGUCUGGGCUAUGACACCAUUUCAGUCAACCACAUCCCCCCCCCUUUCUACAACAUGGUCGACCAAAAGCUCCUUGAUGAGCCUGUCUUCGCCUUCUACCUUGGUAACACGGACGAUGGCACCGAGUCAGAAGCCACCUUUGGUGGUAUUGACAGCAGCCACUACACCGGCAAGAUGAUCAGGAUCCCACUACGCCGCAAGGCGUAUUGGGAAGUCAACCUGGACUCCAUUACAUUUGGCGAGGACACGGCCGACCUCGACAACACUGGUGUCAUCCUCGACACCGGCACUUCACUGAUUGCCCUACCAUCCACCCUUGCUGAGUUACUCAACAAGGAAAUUGGCGCCAAAAAGGGAUUCAACGGUCAAUACACUGUUGAAUGUGAAAAGCGGGACUCUCUUCCCGAUGUCAGCUUCACCCUCAGUGGAUAUAACUUUUCCAUUACGGCCCACGACUACAUUCUCGAAGUCCAAGGUUCGUGUAUCAGCAGCUUCAUGGGCAUGGAUUUCCCGGCCCCGACUGGUCCUCUUGCCAUCCUUGGUGACAGCUUCUUGAGGAAAUGGUACAGCGUGUAUGAUCUCGGCAACGAUGCAGUUGCCUUGGCCCAAGCCAAGUAA